AUGUCUGACUUCGACGACCUGAGGGACGACGCUGCCGCCGCCUCCGCCGCACACCCCGGAGACCCAGAUCCGGCCCUCUCCGUCGCCGGCGACUCAACCGCCGCCGCCCCUGUCAACCCCAGGAAGCGCAAGAAGUCCUCACGCGCCUGUGACUUUUGCCAUGUGAACCAUCAGCCUUGUGAUAACGCAAAGCCGAGGUGUGGCUACUGUGAGAGACACAACAAGUCGUGUCUGUACCUCAGGCCCCAGAAGAAACGAGGUCCAGCCCAGGGCUACCGCAGUGCUCUGCACACCCUGAGAGAAAGUGCCGCCGCCUGGGGUGCUGCUCUCAACCUCAUCCCCAGCCUGGGCCCCGUUGUUGAAGGCUACCUGAAGCAGCCCGAGGGGAAACGGCUGGUCAAGGCCAUCCGGGACCCGGCUCAGCAGGAGUUCUUCAUCCAGGCAUGGCAACAGAGCGGCUCGCUCGGCUUUGCCCCGAAUGAGACGCUUGAGGAUUUCCUGGACAUGAGCUUCAAUCCCGAACCAUUAGAGCAGCCGCCUGAACAAGACCCCUUUCUGGGAGAUGAGCAGGACCAGAGGGCUUACUAUGAAUUGCUGAUGGGCAGACGACUUGGAUGA